AUGUCAUCUGUCACCUCUGAGUGUCCAUCACGCUCUCGCAAGCAGCCUGAACGCGCCGGGAUGAUUGCUCCUUCUCCCGAUUCCCGUCGCCGCGUUUCGAUUGACAGUGUCAUCCUAGCUAGUGGUCAGUCCCCAAGACACAAGAAGAAAAAUCGGAUGCAGCAAAUUGAAGACACCGAAGACGAAUCAGAUGUCGUCCAAAGUCUUUCAACUAAACAGAAGCGUAAGACUGCCUCUACCAAAGAUGUAUCCGAUUCCGAAUCAAUCAGUUCAGCAGUUGCGAAGCAGAAGAAACGCAAACGAAAGGCUACUCAAAGCAAAUCCGGCUCAAAGGAGGUUUGUUAA